AUGGCUCGCCGGGCCGCCCUCGCGCUGCUGCUGGUCGGCCUGCUCAGCACCCUGGUGCCCGCCUGGGCCAAGAAUGUGCCCCCGGGGCUGGGCGACCGCCGUGCCGUGUGUUUACCGACAGACGACGACAAGAAGUCCACGCCAUCCCCCAAGAGACCCAGCUCUGACGACCCAGUGCCACCUAAACCACCCAAACCGAAGCCUCAUCCGAACCCCAACCAGCCUGGAUCUUCUGGGGGUUUUUCAGAUUCCGAUCUCAUCGAUGGAGCUUCAGAUGGAGGAGGUGGUGGCGGUGGUGAUGGAGGAAGCCAAAAGCCUGAUGGGGGUGCGCAGGCUGACUCCCCUGGGGUAGUCCCUGGCAUCAUCGGGGCCGUUGUGGUGGCCGUGGCCGGAGCCAUCUCUAGCUUUAUCGCCUACCAGAAGAAAAAGUUUUGCUUCAAAGAAAAUGCCGACCAAGGUGAGGCCAGCACCAAGAACCAGCAGAGCACCAGCGCCGACCAACCAGUUCAGUGGAGUCUUCUGGAAAAGUAGAAGCUUGACUGCAAAUGCAAAUCCUCGACGUGCCCAGCAGGAGGACAAGACUCGCCUGCUGCAUCUUCCCAAGAAACACGUGCACC